CCGUCGGUCCAGUAGCUUUGGUGAUCAGGUUUUCAGGUGGCCAGGUCAGGUAUAGAUUCUCUCUUUAGGAAAUGCCGACAGUGCCUGCUCACGAAACCCCCGUGACGCCCCAUGGAAAAUCAAGUUUCUUCCCAUCCCCCAUAGAAUGGCCUUCUGGUUUAUUCAACCCCUUCAACAAAAGUGACCCAAAGGAGGUUAAAGAGGAUGUGAAACAAUGUGAGAUGCCAGAUGACAUGAAGCAACAUGCCAUUGACACAGCAAAACCUCUUGUGGCAAAGAAGAAGCCUCACAAGGAGGUCGCGUCGACCUUGAAGAAAGAGUUUGACGAGAAGUAUGAGCCGUCGUGGGUUUGCAUCGCGGGAACGGACUACGGUUCCUCCAUCACUCACGCCAAGGACGCCUUCAUCUACAUGUACCUGAACAAAACCGCCAUCAUGCUCUUCAAGGUGUAGAGGUCAACCUGGAGGACAUUCCAAGGUCAUUCAACAUGCAUAUUGACUGAUCAUAAACAAGAUAAAAAUUAUAGUCCAAAAUUCGAUGCACUUCUUUUGGGUCAACUUUGUUGAAGCUCUGUACUACAUGUCUGUUAAAGCGAUAUUAUACUCAGAUUUCUUGCGCUAUAAGCCUACCUGGGUUCAUCAU